AUGCGCGGUGACAGCAACGCUGGACCUACACUGCCGUCAUACGACUUGUCCGGCUAUUCAGACUACCUUCCACCACCUGCUUCUCGCCAUGGGUCAAGUGAUACCAUUGGAGUGUCAGCUCAUCCACGUAUGAAUCGCAAUCAGUCAGUUUCGCCCGGCGGUAGGUCCGCUACUCUUGAAGAUGAUGCUUCGGCCCUGAGUACGGAGGUCCGUCACGGUUCGCCCCUCUCUGCUUUAGCGGCUACAGCCGAUGACAUGGCGGCACCAGACGAUGAUCAGCAUUUGCAUAAUGUUGGGGUUGCGGCUCUGGCGGCCGUGGCGCAAUAUCCCUACGCCGCCAACGAUGAGAGCGACUCGUUCUUAGUUUCUCAAGUCGUGAAUGCUGUUACUGGCGGUACCUCGCCAGUGCGUCAUUCCGACUCUGCGCUCCUGGAAGCGGGUGGAGAUAUUUCGGAUCCUUCGGCCGACAGAUUGUACCCAACGCAAUCUGAAGCGCACAGUCUACCCUCCGCGUCAGAGAACCUCUCACCUGGCUCGCAGACAACUGGGAGUGGCGUGGACAUGGAAAGCAUUGUACAGGAGCUGAUUGAGCGCACCGAAACAUGGCAGAACAUCGCAACGAUUGCAGGUGGCAGUGAAAGCCUACAAGACGAUAUGAUGAUGGACUAUGAUUCUGCCUUCGAGGAGGACCAUGCAUCGCCGUCUACCAUUCCAAAUGAUGAUUUGGAGGACUUUCUCCAGUUUUACCCUGAUGAAGAAGAAUACUAUCACCAAUACAUCGCUGGAAACUCGCCGCGCGAGACUGCCAUGCACGAGGUGAAUCUUGAUGAAUUUUAUCAAACUGUCAUCUACGAGCCUACGGAUCCCAGCCCGCCACAGGCACCUGAGACCCCAGUGAACCCCUUUUCUGUUGAAAAUCAGCCAGACGAAGAGGUUGCGUGGCAUCCUGCGUCCAUUAUUCACACAACUACUUAUGAACGUAACCUGACUAUCGACGAGUUCAUCCAACGUUGGAUGGUCCAAUCCAACAUCAUCCCGCACGGUUUUCACUCAGAGAAUCGAAUCCCUCCCCAGCUCCGCCCUCUUUCCAAAAUGAUGAGCUGGCACCCACCGCUAGAGGUUCACCGGCCGCACGGACACAGUGGUCAAUUUUACGAUCUACAGCAAAUGCCUUGGACAGAAACCUUGAAAGUAAAGCGGACUGAUGCCCGGGCACUCCGCGAUGCUUGGUACACUUCCUACCACAACCUGGAUUACUCGCAAAAUACCCGCGCAGAACGUCUGCCGCAGGAGGAGGUCUUUUUCCAGGAGAAAUCGAUGCACACUGCGCAUAAGGCGACUGUCGAACACUUCCAGCUUCGCAAUUUGAUGUCGGUGCCUGCGUAUAACACCGUCCAUUUUGCUAGCCGGUCAAAGGUGUACUCGUGGACUCCGGAUUUUGAUGAUCUCCACUGCCUGAUUGAUCUCACCCGUCCAUCUCCCGAAUCGGGGUUCCUGGGGCCGGUCAAGAUUUCAAGUAUGAAAUCUGCGCAUGGCCUGACUAUCGCGGGCGGUUUCUGUGGCGAGUACGCGCUGCGUGGGUCAAGCGGCGAGGGCUCUGGUGCAAAAGGGCUAGUCACCCCAGACUUCAACGAUGGCAUCACCAACCACGUCGACAUCAUCCGCAACCGGUCCGGCCGCGAGCCUAUCUGCGUCUUCGCCUCGAACGACAGGCAUCUGCGUGUCCUGGAUUGCGAGACAAACGUCUUCCUGUCUGACCAAGAGCUCUCCCGUCCCAUAAACUGCACUGCCACGUCCCCGGACAGCCGUCUUCGCGUCGUCAUCGGCGACUCCCCAGAUGCAUGGGUCAUUGAAGCCGACACCGGCCGCCCUGUCCACCCCCUCCGUGGCCACCGCGACUUUGGCUUCGCCUGCGCCUGGUCCCCCGACAUGCGGCACAUCGCGACCAGCAACCAAGACAAAACAGUGAUCAUCUGGGACGCGCGUACCUGGCGUUCCCUAGAAACCAUCGACUCCGACGUCGCGGGCUACCGCUCCCUGCGCUUCUCCCCCGUUGGUGGCGGUCCGCGCACGCUUCUCUGCGCCGAGCCCGCUGAUCGCAUCUCCAUCAUCGACGCACAGAUGUACCAGACACGGCAGGUGCACGAUUUCUUCGGCGAGGUCGGCGGCGCCGACUAUGCGCCUGAUGGCGGGUCAGUCUGGGUCGCCAAUACGGACCCGCAUUUCGGUGGGUUCAUGCAGUAUGAGCGCCGGAAUUGGGGGCAGGCGUUUGGGUUGACGGAUUUGCCGAAUGAGUGGCUGCCAGAGGGGGAGUUGGAUCGUGAUGAGAGGUGUGUGCUUGGCGCGCGGGAGAGGGAGCUGAGGUUCUUAAGGACCUUUGCCGAUGAGGAGUAUGAGAUGUUUCUGCUCUGA